GAAGUGCAGAUGAAUGGACUCUCUAGGACGACCGCAUAGUACUGAUCGCAGUGGGAGUGGGUGGGCCUCGAGUGGGUGGGCCUCCGUGGGGAGCCAGCGUGGAUCGAGUGCGGGGGCUGGGCUUCCCGCCCCCUCCGCACCGUAGACUCCGCGGUGAUUUAAAGAAACUUCCUUCUACUACUUAAAGAACUUAAAGUCCUCACGUUGGGCCAACCUGGGAAAUAUGAAGACAAAAAGAGUGGGUAAACGUGCCUGCUUGAUGAGCCAGAAAAAAAGGCAGAAACCUGUGGUCUGGGUAUAACAGAUCCUGCUCAAAAUGCUCCCACAUCAAGACGAGAAGGAGCCCACGAGUUACCGUGGGAGCUGUGGGAGCUGCCCUGUGACUGUUAGGAAGAUGCCGUACCUUGGCUCCGAGGACGUGGUGAAGGAGCUGAAGAAGGCUUUGUGUAAUCCUCACAUUCAAGCUGAUAGGCUGCGCUACCGGAAUGUCAUCCAGCGAGUGAUUAGGUACAUGACUCAGGGCUUGGACAUGUCUGGUGUUUUUAUGGAAAUGGUGAAGGCCAGUGCCACUGUAGAUAUUGUCCAGAAGAAGUUGGUUUAUCUGUACAUGUGCACAUAUGCUCCCCUGAAACCAGAUCUGGCUCUCCUGGCCAUCAAUACGCUGUGCAAAGACUGCUCAGACCCCAAUCCAAUGGUGCGAGGGCUGGCGUUACGGAGCAUGUGUAGCCUCAGGAUGCCUGGUGUGCAGGAGUAUAUACAACAGCCUAUUCUCAAUGGUCUGCGGGAUAAGGCUUCGUAUGUCAGGAGAGUGGCAGUCCUUGGAUGUGCCAAGAUGCAUAAUCUUCAUGGAGACUCUGAAGUAGAUGGUGCCCUGGUAAAUGAAUUAUACAGUUUGCUGCGUGACCAGGAUCCAAUUGUAGUUGUGAACUGCUUGAGGUCUCUAGAGGAAAUUCUGAAACUGGAAGGAGGCGUUGUCAUCAAUAAGCCCAUUGCUCACCAUCUCUUAAAUCGAAUGUCAAAACUGGACCAAUGGGGCCAGGCUGAGGUAUUGAACUUUCUGCUACGCUACCAACCCCGCAGUGAGGAAGAACUAUUUGACAUUCUCAAUCUGUUGGAUAGUUUUCUCAAGAGCAGUAGCCCAGGUGUGGUGAUGGGAGCUACCAAACUUUUUCUGAUCUUGGCAAAAAAGUUUCCCCAUGUACAAACAGAUGUCCUUGUGCGGGUCAAGGGACCUUUGCUAGCUGCCUGUUCUUCGGAGAGCCGUGAGCUCUGUUUUGUUGCUCUUUGUCAUGUACGCCAGAUCUUGCAUAGUUUGCCAGGUCACUUUAGCAGCCACUACAAAAAGUUUUUUUGCUCCUACUCGGAGCCCCACUACAUCAAACUACAGAAAGUGGAGGUGCUGUGUGAGCUGGUGAACGAUGAGAAUGUGCAGCAGGUGCUAGAGGAGCUUCGAGGGUACUGCACGGAUGUGUCUGCGGACUUUGCACAGGCUGCCAUCUUUGCCAUAGGUGGCAUUGCCAGGACUUACACAGAUCAAUGUGUUCAGAUUCUAACAGAGUUGCUGGGUCUUCGACAAGAGCACAUUACCACAGUGGUGGUGCAGACUUUCCGAGACCUGGUUUGGUUGUGUCCUCAGUGUACUGAAGCUGUGUGUCAGGCCCUGCCCGGCUGUGAGGAGAACAUUCAAGAUAGUGAGGGGAAGCAAGCACUUAUUUGGCUACUUGGUGUCCACGGGGAAAGAAUUCCUAAUGCUCCUUAUGUGUUAGAGGACUUUGUUGAGAAUGUGAAGUCGGAAACAUUUCCAGCUGUUAAGAUGGAGCUGCUCACUGCUUUGCUGCGCCUUUUCCUCUCUCGACCUGCUGAGUGCCAGGACAUGCUGGGACGAUUGUUGUAUUACUGCAUAGAGGAAGAAAAAGAUAUGGCUGUACGGGACCGAGGUCUCUUCUAUUAUCGCCUCCUCUUAGUUGGCAUUGAUGAAGUUAAGCGGAUUCUGUGUAGCCCUAAAUCUGACCCUACUCUUGGACUUUUGGAGGAUCCGGCAGAAAGACCUGUGAAUAGCUGGGCCUCGGAUUUCAACACACUGGUGCCAGUGUAUGGCAAAGCCCACUGGGCAACUAUCUCUAAAUGCCAGGGGGCAGAGCGUUGUGGCCCAGAGCUUCCUAAAACUUCAUCCUUUGCCGCGUCAGGACCCUUGAUUCCUGAGGAUAACAAGGAGAGAGAACAAGAACUCCCUGAUUCUGGAGCCCUCAUGCUAGUCCCCAAUCACCAGCUUACUGCUGAUUAUUUUGAGAAAACUUGGCUUAGCCUCAAAGUUGCUCAUCAGCAAGUGUUGCCUUGGCGGGGAGAAUUCCAUCCUGACACCCUCCAGAUGGCUCUUCAAGUAGUGAACAUCCAGACCAUCGCAAUGAGUAGGGCUGGGACUCGGCCAUGGAAAGCAUACCUCAGUGCCCAGGAUGAUACUGGUUGUCUGUUCUUAACAGAACUGCUAUUGGAGCCUGAAAACUCAGAAAUGCAGAUCUCUGUGAAACAAAAUGAAGCAAGAACCGAGACACUGAAUAGUUUUAUUUCUGUAUUAGAAACUGUGAUUGGAACAAUUGAAGAAAUAAAAUCAUAACAGAUUCUUG